CUGGCGAAUGUGCCGCUAAGCAGAGUUAGAGUCUGUUCUUCUUUCCCUUCUUGGGCCUAAGCCAAAAAGAAGUUGCUUUCGGACUGCACCUCCUUAGAAGAGAGACAACCAAAUCGCUGUCUUCAUUUCCAGGACCCUUCUCCCCCUCUGGGGAUCCGUUUCGGCCAGCUGUGUUGCCGGAAUGACUCAGCGGGCAGAUCACCGGUUUCUCCGUGCCCGUGGAGCCAACGGGCUUUGGUGAAUUGGAGCGAGCCGUCCCUGUCUCCCAGAAGAGAAAAAUCACAGUAUCCUGCUCAGGGACUUCCUCCUAUCAUCAGUUUGGAGUGGGUAUCGCUGCGAUUGAGAGACAGCUCUGAAGGGUGUCUGGGGUGGGUCCGAGACCCAGAGGGACCCGGUUCUGUGGCCCAAGUCCAGCAAUGCAUUGGAAGAACCUCGCUGCGGGAGCCAUCACCCUCAGCUUGCUCACGGUGCCCUUCGUGUCCUGGCUUUUAAUCUGGAACUGGCCCACCCACUAUCUUCCACAGUACCUUCCUUGCCCAGAAAUCUUCUCACUGCAACUGCGCUAUGCGGAAGAGAAGUCGUUCCAGCCGUUUCCCCGGUUGUCUUAUCCUCAGCCCAAAUGGCUGGAGCAGCACCCUAAAGGGGUCCUGACACUCACCCCAUGGUUGGCACCUAUCGUCUCCGAAGGAACUUUCAACUCUGAGAUCUUGAAUCGCAUCUACCGACCCCUGAACCUCACCAUAGGGGUCACGGUGUUCGCCAUUGGAAAGUACACGAAAUUCGUCCGUCGCUUUGUGCAGACGGCAGAGGAGUUCUUCAUGCAAGGCUACCGGGUCAACUAUUACGUCUUCACCAGUGAUCCCCAGGCGAUCCCCGAGGUGUCCCUAGGGCCGGGUCGCCGUCUGAGUACCGUCCCCGUCCGGGGAUACUCCCACUGGGAGGAGAUAUCCAUGCGGCGGAUGGAGGCCAUCAACCGGCACAUUGCCGAGACCAGCCAUCGGGACGUGGACUAUCUCUUUUGCCUGGAUGUCGAUAUGGUCUUCCGGAGCCCCUGGGGGGUGGAGACCUUGGGAGACCUAGUGGCCGCCAUCCACCCUGGCUACUACGCUGUGCCCCGCCAGCAGUUUCCCUAUGAAAGGAGGCCCUCUUCCUCCGCCUUUGUUGCCGAUGAGGAGGGGGACUUUUACUACGGCGGGGCAGUGUUUGGAGGGCUGGUGAAGAAGGUGUACGAGUUCACCGGGGCCUGCCACAUGGGAAUCCUGGCAGACAAAGCCAACGGCAUCAUGGCCGCCUGGCAGGAGGAGAGUCACCUCAACCGGCACUUCAUUACGCACAAACCGUCGAAGGUUCUGUCCCCGGAGUACCUCUGGGAUGACAGGAAGCCUGUGCCCCCCGGCAUGAAGCAGGUCCGGUUCUUGUCGCUGGAGAAGAACGCGAAAGAGCUGCGGAGCUGAUGAUAAAGAAGAGAAACGGACAGAGGGCAAGAUGGAUCGUUCUAUGCUACUGUUUUAUUCUCGCUUUGGUCUCAUCGGGGGGCAUUUCUAAUCGGGACCUCCCUCCAAAACCUGCCAACGUGUAAAAAAGCCUGGAAAGACAGUCCUCGCCCAAUAGGCAGACGCAAACCAGGAAGAGGCAGAGUCGCGGGAUCGUUGGGUGCGGCCCGGUUGCCCAAUGGGGAUGGUGGUGGGCACCGCCGGACUUUGGUCUCACUCCCCGAUGGCUGGGAGAGGAUAGUUGCGGGGAGGACAAGGGGAGCUUCCUUCCCAAGUUCCCAACUGGCCAGUGGAAAGGCCAGGGUGAAUGAGCUGGCUCCCUGCCUCAAUCGAUCAAUGCUAUUUACUAAUAUUAAUAAUAAUGAUGGUGUUUUCAUUCAA